GGGACGCUUGGGUUCAGUGGGUGCCACAUAUCGACCUUCCGUGGCAACCGGGCAAAUCAAGUGCGGUCCUUUCUCCAUCGAGAAUACGCCAUCCUUCCAUCUUUCCCCAUCAAGGCAUGCGCAUCGCCGUAUACUACUCUCAAAAUGCCCCUGAGUCUCCCGUCAACCAGAAAGGCGUGCCGCCAACUGGGCCCGACUUUGCAGCCACCCUCACGCCAUGCCUGCCAUUCUCUCAGCCCCGGCGCUUCCCUCCACGUGGGUGUCCUUGAGCCACCCCAAAGUCGACGAAAUCAGUGCACGGGUCGAUGGCUGGUUUCUGCAACAUUGGCCCUUUGCAAAUGAACAGGCAAAAAAGAGAUUCCUUGCCGCCGGCUUUUCCCGUGUCACGUGUCUGUACUUCCCAUUGGCCCGCGAUGAACGCAUUGCCUCCGCAUGCAAGCUUCUCACCAUCCUAUUUCUGAUAGAUGACAUCCUUGAGGAGAUGUCAUUUGAUCAAGGCAGGGUGUACAACGAGCACCUGAUGCCCAUUGCCGAAGACAAAGUGAAGCCAGAUCCUUCGGUUCCAGUUGAAUGGAUGUUCCAUGCCAUCUGGGACGAGAUGCGUCAAAUCGACCCAGAACUCGCAGAGAGCAUUCUAGAGCCGGUUUUCGUCUUCAUGCGUGCUCAGACCGACAAGUCGCGGGUGAGCAUUGACCAACUAGGCAGUUACCUUGUGUACCGCGAAAGAGACGUAGGCAGCGCUCUUCUAUCUGCACUCAUGCGAUUUUCCAUGGAUCUGCGGCUAGACCCCAAAGAUCUCGUGGCAUUACGUCCUAUCGAGCAAAACCAUGCGAAGCACAUUGCGAUAGUCAACGACAUAUACAGCUGGGAAAAGGAGUCAAGGCAGGCGCAAAAAUGCGCGCAGGAAGGCUCUGUACUCUGUUCUGCAGUUAAAGUCAUGGCGGAUAACGCUGGACUGGAUAUUGAGUCCUCGAAGAAGGUCCUCUGGUCCAUGGUUCGCGAGUGGGAGAUCAAGCAUGAUGCGUUGUGCAAUGCGCUUCAUGACGCGCCAGAUCUUAUUGAUACGCUAGCGUUGUACGUGGAAGGCCUGAAGUAUCAAAUGAGUGGGAACGAGACUUGGAGCAUGACGACUCCAAGAUAUCUGGUUAUAGAGUGAAAUUUUGAUACCAUGAUAGACAUUAAGAGUUUAG